AUGGAACUGGAUAACGCCAACCCCACCAUUGUCAACCCCUCGGAGCUUCCUUCAUAUAGAGAAAGAAGGAAGAUCAAGGAUGAGUCGCGACAGAAGCAGGGCAUUCGGCAACUCUUCAUGGGCAAGUCAAGCUAUGCCAUCGACCCAUUUUACCUGUCAGACUAUUCAGAUACCGACUCUGAUGAUUCGAAUGUGGAGCCUAUCGACGAGCAAGAAAUAUAUGAUUUAAUAGCACCGAUAACAGACCCGGAACACCCCUUCUCUCUUGCGUCGCUUGGGGUGGUCAAACUUGAAGAUGUACACCUUGGAUCUCCCACAGAUCCCACGAAAGCUGCAGCUCUGUCACACGUUUUAGUUGAGCUCACACCUACUGUUACCCAUUGUUCGCUGGCUACAGUUAUUGGCCUAUGUGUCAGAGUUCGACUAGACCAAGCUCUACCUCCAAGUUUUCGGGUCGAAGUCAAGAUCAAGAGUGGCACUCAUAACCAGUCCGAGGAAGUCAAUAAACAGCUCGCAGAUAAGGAGCGUGUAGCAGCGGCACUUGAAAACGCGCAACUCAUGGGAGUUUUAAGGAACAUGAUGAAAACAUGUCUUGAACCUUAA